AUGUUGUUGCGUUAGCGACGCUUUGCAUAUUAGACGACGGGAUGGCUGAAGGUCACGCUGUUUCCACUCAGACUGUGAUAUCUCUUCUGCUGAUUUGCAUGAGCACGCGAGCAAGUCGAAUAAACGCUCGAAGAUACACGAUGUUAUUGCAAUAGCAAGCAUUUGCAUAUAAGACAACUCGUUGGAUAAAGGUCGUACCUUUUUACUCUAGCCGGUGUCGCCUUUGCAACUCGAAGACAGGAAAAAUAAUUACUAUGCGAUACAUGAUGCGCCGCAGGAAAAAGAAGAAGAAAAAAAGACGCAGUAUACUAAUGACAGCCACCUCCAUGCUGACUGCUUUGAUUUCUGAACAGAGCGAGCCAGCCCGGGUAAAGCCGUAAUUACCUCUCAAGGAUAAACGAUAAUAUCACUUUCCUCAUCACGUCUUUGGGGCGAGACGGUCGACGCUGCACUCUCAUAGGCAAACGAAGCGACUUCUAUAUAAGACGGUUCGUCCGCAACGCUUUCCGGACUGAGCUGGAAUGUCAAGUGAAUGCCACUUGAUUGUUUUCAGGUGGAUUCACUUGACAUUCCAGCUCAGGUUUUUCCGUGCGGGUGUUUGACUGGAAAAGCAGACUAAGAACACUUCACCUGCACGUCAAUGGCAAACAGGUCAGAAAGAAAGGAAUGUGUCUACCUUCAUUUGUGAGAUGUAGCUAGUCUUCACCCAACUCCUACGUGCAUUGGGGGAAAGCCUACUUUAGGAAAUGUUCAGUCUUGUUACUGCAUGUUUCUUUGCAUUUAAACUUAGCGAAACGGUGUUUUUUUUUUUAUCGUUUGAUUUUGCUUUGACAUAAAACAUAUUUUCCAGUUCAUCUUCCUUCUUUUGCUGUAACUACUCCGAAGAGGUUGAAGGGAAGAGUUUGAGAUCUUCCUUGACAACAAGGCAAAAAUGUGUGCUAUACAAUGGAGAAGAGGUGGAAAACUUUUUUUUUUCAAGUUAAUCCACUCGGGAUUCCAGAUGAAGAUUUUUUUUCUCCGUGAGAGUGUUUGACUGGAAAGACAGACUGUGGUAAGUACAUGGAUUUGCCCUCCUCUUUUGCAAUACAUAUACUAUAUAUAAUGCUUUUCUAUGAACAUGCAAGUCAUUUAUGGAAAUGCAAAUAUGAGGAACGACAAGGUUUCAUGCCUCUCGCUUUCAGUGGCGACAUGCAGGUCUUUGUGAUUUAAGGAAUGCUUUCCUAGCCCAUCACAGGAAGUGAAAACGUUUGCAAACAGUUACAUUUUUUUUUUAUUUAGAUACAAGGACAGUGAGAUCACAGCCCUUUUAGAUAGUGAGAUUCCAUAGCCAGAGUGAUGUCGACCAAUUGUUCUGCCAAGAGAGUAAAUGUUGCCUGGGCAGCGGCGAAGUUUUAACUCACGUUCUAAGCACAAACAGCAUACAUCUGAGCAUUCGUUAUCGUAAUAGGUCCUUGUAAGAUUGGCUGUCUCUAAGCAUUUUUGCAGCUGGCGUGUUUCGUUUCGUGUUAGGGUAACACCAGAACGCUUCGGUUUACCGUUUUCACUCCAAAUGCGUACCACAAGCAAGUCAGAAGGGCACGAAUGUACAUAAACAUAUUUUUCUAGUUCAGCUUCUUUGCUGCAAUUGCCCUGAUGAAGCUGAAGGGAAGAGGAUGGAAGCUUCGUUAGCUCGAUGAUCACCACAACAAGCAAAAACGUGUGCCACACAACGGAGAAGAGAACACACAAACAUCUAUCCAUGUCUGUUCACUCACAAUGAAAUGAGAGGGCUUAGUACAAAUGUACAUUUUUAUUUCCCUGAUACAUGAGCGGUGAUUUUUUUUUUUAUGCUCCAUUGUGCACCAGUCGAUGUUUGAAGAGGUCAAGUGUUAGCUUGCUGAUGUAGCCUGUUAAGUAGUGCCAACCUUCAGACUCGGCUUGUUCCAUGAAACAUAGACUCUCGGCAGCAAGAUGCAUAGCGUCAACCUCGUCAGCAUAUGUCAAAAUUUCGUCCACGUGACGUGACCAUUCAGCAAGUAAGGCAAAAGGUGAUUCCGAGGCAAACGUACAGGCGGUGUGAACUCUGGCAUACAUUGUUUUUGCAGUUUUCCAAGUAACCCUGUCAGGAGGUUGAUCUGGCAGCGCUUGAAACAACACCAUAUCCGUCACAAUUUUAAAAGCUUCCACGAGCGAAGUUUUGCCUACUUGUGUUAACCCACAUUCCAAUAUCUCUUUGUAGGAGACAUGUUUGAGACGACACACAGGCUGCAUCCGAAAUUCGUGUGUGUAACCUCUUCUCCAUCUGCCACACACAUCUCUACCUAGCACAGGCUGCUCUUCAUCUGCGUCUGAUGAUGACAACCAUGCGCCAUCAAGCCGAGGAUCAACCUCAGGCCAUGUUGUGUCAUCGGCGGCUGACUUGUCUUGACUGGUCAUUACAAACCAAGUUCAUUCUAUACAGCAAGAGGAGAAAGCAAAUUGUCAUCAUAACAGCGAAGCCUCCAUAACACAAGUAAGCUAUGUCAUCCGUCAUGGAAAAGUUGGAUAAACUGAAAAAAUGUGGUGACGGUGAAAUUCAGAAAAUGAGCAACAUACCCAAAAACGAAAAGUUCGAAGUGCUGGACAUUCAGAAAAUUGACACUAUGUAUGGCGAGGCCGUAUACGUGGAGCUCCGCAUGGAAAACGACAAGCCAGUGAAAGUGUAUCUACCUGGACGCUUCAAAAAAUUGUCGGAGGAAGAGCUAGAGGAAAUGCGACUGCUUCCAAAUCUCAAAAUGGAGAAGAAAGAACGGUUUACCAAAGAUGGUAAAAAAGUCAUUUCGCCAGAUAUUAUCUUCACCAAUUCGAAGAGAAAGUGAUGAGAUAUGGUGACGUGUCACUUAUGCUCCCAGCACGAACGGCAGUAUUAUGCAACACCAUUAGGUCUUCAGAUUCACUUGGCAAAUGUUCACAAUCUUCAAGCCCCCUGCAUUCCUUUUUGUGAGACUUUGUGCACACUGCGAAACUAUACUAAUCGGUUCGAGCUACAUUUACACGACAGGGACGUUAGCGGACAUGACGUUACAACCUUUUUUCACGAGUACAGACAGUACAUUGCUGAUGUCUUACGACACUUUGGUUUCCCACUGCGCUAUUUUGUAUUGCUUAAAGUGGAACUUGGUCGUCACACGCCAGACGAUGAGUUACAGCUCGAAAUUAGUUUCGUGCCUUCCAAAGUAGUGACAGUAUGGUCAGAGGCAGAUGUAGAACCUUCUAUCACUCAAGUGACUGCUGAAAUAGCACAAAAUUUGGAAAACCUCGAAGUAGAAGGUUCAGGUUUUUUUCUCUUUCGCAUUCAUGCCUGUAUCAUGAACAUUGGACGUUUGAUGCCUCAACUGAUUGGAUGUACCCAGUUUGAGUUACCGCAAGAAUUGAAGCAUAAGUUUCGUUCUCUGUUGUGUGUGGACUUUGGUUUGCAUGAAGAUGAGCAGAACAUGUGUUUUGCCUUCUCUGUAAUAGCUGCACUGCAUCCUGCUACUGGUUAUCGCAGGCGUAGGGCAUCUUCGUACAGACCAUAUAUUUCUGAGUAUGUUUUUCCGAAAACAUUCCCAGUAGCUUUCCCAAAAGAGGUUGAAGCAUUCGAAAAAAAUAAUGGUAUCAGUAUCAAUGUGUACGCCUACGAAAGGGAAGACAAAUCUCUGUACCCCAUCAAGGUUGUCGAUGACGAGCGUGAGAAACAUGUGGAUCUGUUGCUAAUCGACUCUCAUUUUCUGCUUAUCACAAAUUUUAAUGGAUUAUUUCAACCUAGCGGACGGUUUCAUUGCAAGAGGUGUAUGAUGGGCUUCUCAUCAGACAGAAUCCUCAGUGAUCAUUUAAAGAUGUGUUUGCAUCAGAAGGUUGCUAAGACAAUUUACCCUAAGAAGGGAGAGACGGUAGCAUUUGCCGGGGAACAUCUCAUGUCGGAAGUCCCUUUCUACUGUGUAUAUGAUUUUGAAAGUGUUUUGUCACCUUGUUUGGAGGAAACAAACGUGUAUGAGGAUCACUGUCCUUCCUCAUUUUGCCUUUUGGUUAUACGUGCAUCCGACUCACACGUGUUGCAAAAGCAUCUUUUCCGUGGUCCUAAUUGUGUCACAGUAUUUAUGGAGCUGCUGCGGAAAUUGCAUGACGAAAUUUUAGGAUGGAUACAUGCUUUUGCACCUCUAGAAAUGACUGAAGAGAAUGAGCGUCAACAUACAGCAGCCACUCAUUGUAAUAUCUGCAAAGAAUCCUUUGCUAAAAGACAAAAAGUUCGAGACCAUGACCAUGUAAGCGGAGAAUUUCGACAAACACUAUGUCAGACGUGUAACCUGAAACUGAGAGUGCCACCCAAGAUUCCAAUCAUUGCACAUAAUGCUAACUAUGACAUGAGUUUUCUCCUGUCUCAUUUACAUCUGCUUAAGAAGUCAGACAUCAACGUGAUUGCCACCAGCUGUCAAAAAUUUAAAGCAAUUGACAUCGGCUCUUAUCGAUUCUUGGACAGUUUGAGUUUUCUGAACGCAAGCCUUGAAACACUGGUGAAAAAUCUACGUGAUAAAGGUGAAUCCAACUUUCAAUGCCUUCGCCAGUUUUUUCCAAAUGAGGAACACUUUCAGCUGGUUGUUCGUAAGGGGGUCUUCUGUUAUAACUUUGUCACCAGUUUUGAAGCCUAUGAUGAGCCUUCGCUACCACCUCGAGAUAAGUUCUUUAACAUUUUGAAUGGAACCGAAGUAAGUGAACAAGACUACAACCACGCGCAGAAUGUGUAUGAAAAAUUUCGGCUCAAGAGUCUUGGAGAGUAUUCGGACUUAUACCUUCUGACAGACACACUGCUUUUAGCAGAUGUGUUUCAGAACUUUCGAAAGUGGACACUCGAUGUGCACAAGAUUGAACCGUUUCAUUUUGUAUCCCUUCCAGGAUUAAGCAUGUCUUGUGCACUAAAAAUGAGUCAGGUAGAACUAGAACUAAUUAACGACCCCAACGCGUACCUGCUCAUCGAGAAUGGCUUACGAGGAGGUGUCACACAGUGCUCCCUGAGAAAAGCAACUGCGAAUGUGCCAGGAACAGAACAGUUUGAUCCCGAAAAAGAAAAAAAAAAAUUAACUACAUUGAUGUAAAUGGCCUGUAUGGAGCAGUCAUGAGAGAACCAUUGCCUUAUGGAGGAUUUGAGUGGCUCACUGAGGAGGAAAUUGUUAACUUGGAUAUAGCUCAGAUACGAGAUGAUAGCCCUGUGGGUUACUUUCUUGAGGUAGACCUAGUGUAUGACCGAGCAACUCAUGAACGCCACAGAGAUCUUCCCGUUGCCCCUGAAAAAAUGUCCGUUCGUUAUGAGCUAUUGUCAGACUAUCAGAAGGCGCUCAUGAAGAAGUUCAAUCUUCCACAGAAAGCUACCGAAGCAAAACUGUUGCUAACAUUAUUUGAUAAAGAGAGGUACUUUCUCCACUAUCGCAAUUUGCAACUGUAUCUGCAAUUGGGGUUGCGUCUCACUAAAGUUCACAGGGUUCUCAAGUUCAAUCAAAAGCCCUUUCUGCGAUCCUAUGUCGACUUCAAUCACGAACUUCGGAAGCGAGCUACAAACGCAUUUGAGAAACAGCAAUCAAAGCUAAUGAUUAAUAGUGUAUAUGGCAGGACAUGUAUGCAAGUCAGGAAAUUCGUAAAUUGUCGCCUCACAGUAACAGAUGAGCAAGUGUUGAAGCUUCUACGUAAACCAAACUUGAAACAGUUCCGCCCUCUGAGCUCUCACGUCAUCUUGUUCCAAUUUAGUCAGUCUGUUCUUCGCAUGAAGCAACCGCUGUACCUGGGCUUCACAAUAUUGGAAUUGUCUAAGCUGAAGAUGUUUGAUUUUUAUCAUAACCAUCUUCUCCGUGUAGCCCCUGAUACACGACUGCUAUAUAUGGACACUGAUUCUUACAUUGUGAUGCUGAGUGACGAUAAAGUACUCCACGAACUAGCUGACGAGCAUCUAGACAACUCUGGAUAUGACCCUGAUCACCCACUCUAUUCGACAAAAAACAGGAUGGUACUAGGAAAGUUUAAAAAUGAGCUUCCUCGUGAUCACAUUCUUGGCUUCUGUUGUCUGAAGCCAAAGCUGUACGCCCUCGAUCUGUGCAGCAAAAAGCAGUACAAUCGCGCUAAGGGUGUUAAACAAUGUGAAGCACAAAAACUCCACUUCUCUAUGUAUACGAAUGCUCUCGAGCAGGGCACAAUGCAUAAAGUUAAACAGAACCUCAUUGUGCACAAGGACAAUGUCAACAAAAGUGUGUCAGUGACAAAAAUAGCCCUCAAUCCACUGGAUACGAAACGCUUCAUUUGUGAUGAUGGAAUUGACACGCUACCUUUUGGCUAUGGUUGAAUUUUUUUAAUGUGUACGGAUUGGUCUCUCUAAUGAAGCGAUGGUGUUGGGGUGUGCACCAUCACGAGGUUUCAUUACAGAGUUGGCAUACGGGAGUAGGAGGGAACUCAUCUGUUAUCACCCCCGCAACAGAUGUUGCCCUUCUAUUCCUGGUCCCACAGAAAAAAAUUGUAAUAAAGAUGUUACAUCCAUAUAGCUAUGGUUUGUCAUAUAUUAGAACAAUGUCAUGUUAGAACCAUGAACUAAAGCUAUUGCAUUAUUCCACAUCUAUGGUUGUCAGUGUGGGAUUACUUACAACUGUGAGUUAGGAGCUAGAGGAUAUUUGUUAGCCACGAGUGAUGACUAAGCUGAGACCUGGUUUGAUGAAUUUCAUGUCUUCCUGAAGUAAUGUGUAGCUCUUGAUGUGAGUGAAAGAGAGACAGUUUGCUUUCCCAUAUUGCUGCAUGCAUUUGCGAUGGAAAUAACAACUGACUUUGUCUGCAAGUCACUGUUUGUAAAUGGACUGUCUCAGACGAAUUU